AUGAGUUGGGUUAAUCCGACCAGCUACUUCUUUGGCCUUGUUACAAGUUCCGUAGGAAUUGCUGGAAAUUCUCUUCUGAUAUAUAUGGUACUAAAGAAGACUCCAAAGCAUUUGAGCACUUAUUCCGUGCUCAUUUUCAACAAUGCCAUCUGCGAUCUUGCCGCCUCUAUGGCUUCGAUGUUUGUGCAUCAAAGAAUCUUGGCUGCUGGCGUUGGUAUUUUCUACAUUUCUGAUGGGCCGUGUUGUUCACUCUUUGGACCGAUGGCCUGUUUUGUUGGGUUCGGUUUCUUUCUGCAUUGCUUCUCUAAUGGAUUUUUUUGCCUUUUGUACUCUUUCUGUUAUCGUUAUUACAUAAUAGAACAUGAACCACCAAAGAAGCGCACUGUCAUACUAAGCUGUGUGCUGAUAUAUUCACCAACGUUCGUUAUU